AUGUCUCUAAGCUCCUCGCAUGGUUCAGGUUCAAAACCUGUGGCGGAGUCUCUGAUUAUUCCUGUAUCUUCGACCUCUGAGUCUUCAGGUGACAACAGCACACUAGUAGCAGGUUGUUUUGAUGACUAUUCGAUUGGACUUGACCUGUCAUACACUCAAAAUGACAGUCCGUCUGGUUCUCAUGUCGAGUCUCAUAAACCAAUCAAAGAUGGGCCUGCGGCAACUCAGAUUGUUGAAUUAAAAGAGGAAAAACCUCUCCCUGAGUCGGACUUGCAAACGUACAACGUAUCAAUCACUGCCGUCGCGCCAGCCCCACGGAGGUCUAGUCAGAUUGACAAUACUCGACGCAUUCGAUCGUCGAUUGUCGACCGUCUACCGUGGAGAUCUGACAAUAAGAGAUACUCAUUUGUGCCUGAUGUAUUAGUGGCCAAUGUCCGGCAGAGCAUAGAAUGGUUGAAUCUGGGGCAAGCUAAUACCGAUGAUCGACUACAUAGUCUGGAAGACCAACUGAAGGUAUCUAUGGAAAAAUCGAACGUAUCUCAUCGGAAGUUCCUUCCCCGAUGCCAAUUGGAUAGAAUCAUCACUCAGACGUCGGUCGAAAAUGAGCUCUCAAAACUGAGAAACCUACCACGAAAAUACAUCCGCGCGUGGAAACGACUAGCCAGUAUUCCCGUCGAAGAAAAGCAGACCAUUCGCCGCGGCAAAGGUCAUAUUCGUGCGGAGUCCGACUCUAUGUUAUCAAAGCGGCUUCAGCAUCCGAAGGAGCCCCAGGAAAAGCUAUACCGCAAGGUUUUUGCCAUUUUGUUAUUCAUUCGCCGACCAUCUCGGAUAUGGUCGUUUGUCGAAGAAGGCGUCUGCGACGCUGAUCUUCCACUGAUGAAAGUCCGCCGACCAGGCGGACUAGAGGGCCGGUUUGACCUUCGUCGGGAGAAAGACCGCGACACCCCAUUGCGGUGCUUGAAAAAAUGGAGGGACGGUACUAUUUGCGAUUUCGAAGAAUAUCAGUGGAUUGUUCUUGCUCCAUUUUUCCGAAAAUCGAAUGGAAAAGACGUCCCACAUGUUGAGCUGAAACCGGAGCAGUCGCUUCCUUUUACUGACUGGAGACUGAAGCCACGUGGAGGUUAUGGCCAAGUGUAUAAGGCCACAGUUCAUCCUGAUCAUCAUGCCUUCGACAAGGUAGAGGUACCUCAAGGAGUUGUAGCAGUGAAAGCGUUAUUUUCCAGGGACAAAGAUGCCUUUGAAAAGGAAUCGGAGAUACUGAAAAGUUUGAGCAGUAAAAACCAUAAGCACGAUCAUCUCGUAACUCUUUUGGCGACUUACGAGCAAUCGAGCAUCUACCAUUUGGUGUUUCCUUGGGCUGAUACGGAUCUGGAGGGGUUCUGGAAACUGAAUCCUGAUCCAUGUAUUGAUGACCAAGAUAUGGCUCAAUGGUUGGUGAGUCAAUGUCAGGGACUUGCCGAGGCCUUAUCAAAAAUUCAUCGUUACGAGACCCGAUCAGACACCACCACACUUUACCAAGCGACACGGCCACGGCAACGCAAGGCCAUGAAACAAUCAGGAAAUCUACCAAAUAACAUGCGUUUGUUUGGUCGUCAUGGGGAUGUCAAGCCCAAGAACAUUCUUUGGUUCCGUGAUUCGAAGCCGAAUAGCAGGUAUGGCGUUUUGAAAAUCACUGAUUUCGGGAUUGCGGACUUCACAAUCAAAGAUACAGGUCCGACAGUUGAACCACCCAACUCCCGCACAUAUCGAUCGCCUGAAUGCGAUCUUGAUCCUGGCGGACUCAGUACAUUGUGUGACGUCUGGGCUCUAGGAUGCAUAUAUCUUGUGUUCGUUACGUGGUACUUCGAAGGGUUUCCAGGAGUAGAAACGUUCGCGAAAAAGCGACAGGCCGACGGCAGUUUCUGGCACAAUUCUGAUGACGAUCAUUUCUUCAAAAUUGAGGUGAACGAACGAGGAGCUCGUACCGCCAGGGUAAAGAACACAGUCAUACAAGUUAGUGUCCCUUUUCUCAAGAGUUUAGCAACGACUGACCUUGAGUGA